GGUUAUCGGCCUACCUCUUCUGCCUGCCGGGUUGAGAGCCGUGGGAGUGGGCCUCAGGUCGGGUCCGCUGUUGCCUGUUAGGUGAUGUGCCCUGAAUAACGCUCUCACGGCUUCUUUCCCGGCAGGCGUUGCAGCAUCCUCCGGCUCCAGGGCUCUAGGGCUCUGGGCUGCCCAUUUCCCGUCUGCCGUGUUUUGGCGGCGCUCAUGUUGGCCUCCGUCCCACUUCGCGUUCGUUCACCUGUGCCCCUGACACCUGUACCUAGCUUGGAACACAAGCAGAGGAAAGAUUAGAGAAUGGGCACUGUCCAACCCAAGGAGGCGGCGCAGCCUGUCAGGAAGGACAUUGUUUUCUCCAGAAACGCUCCAUGAGAGGAACUUGAGGGCCCUUCACAGCGUCCUCAACAGGCCUUACACGAAGACCAGAAGAAGCAAGCCUUUUCUCAUGCAGACCAGUGAUAGCGGUUCAACAAAGCAAGGAUAUAAUUUCUAUGUGGAAUUAAUGUGGUCCAGACUAAAGAUGCGGGUGUGCUGGUUGGUGAGACAGGACAAUCGGCACCAGCGAAUCAAACUUCCACAUUUGGAAGCAGUCAUGGUUGGGCGCAGCCCCGAGACCAAGAUCACUGACAAGAAAUGUUCUCGACAGCAAGUACAGUUGAAAGCGGAGUGUAACAAAGGAUAUGUCAAGGUAAAGCAGGUAGGGGUCAAUCCCACCAGCAUUGACUCACUCAUAAUUGGGAAAGACCAAGAGGUGAAGCUGCAGCCUGGCCAGGUCCUCCACCUGGUGAAUGAACUUUAUCCAUAUAUCAUAGAGUUUGAGGAAGAGACAAAGAACCCUGGCCUGGAAACACACAGGAAGAGAAAGAGGUCAGGCAACAGUGAUUCUGUAGAAAGGGAUGCUGCCCAGGAAGCUGAGGCCAGUACAAGACUAGAACCUGGGAACAACUCUAGCCAGUGCUCUGUGCCCCCAAAGAAGGAGAAAGAUGCAUCCACCAAAAAGGAAUCAUUGGGCCACUGGAGUCAAGGCUUGAAGAUUUCAAUGGAGGACCCCAAAAUGCAGGUUUACAAAGAUGAGCAGGUGGUGGUGAUUAAGGAUAAAUACCCCAAGGCUCGUCACCACUGGCUGGUCUUACCAUGGGCCUCCAUUUCCAGUCUGAAGGCUGUGACCGGAGAACACCUUGAGCUCCUCAGACACAUGCACACUGUGGGGGAAAAAGUGAUUGCAGACUUUGCUGGGUCUAGCAAACUCCGCUUCCGAUUGGGCUACCAUGCCAUUCCCAGCAUGAGCCAUGUACACCUUCAUGUGAUCAGCCAGGAUUUUGAUUCUCCUUGCCUUAAAAACAAAAAACACUGGAAUUCUUUCAAUACCGAAUACUUCCUCGAAUCACAAGCUGUGAUUGAGAUGGUACAAGAGGCUGGCAGAGUGACUGUCCAAGAUGGGAUGUGUGAGCUCUUGAAGCUGCCCCUCCGUUGUCAUGAGUGCCAGCAGCUGCUGCCUUCCAUUCCUCAGCUGAAAGCGCAUCUCAGGAAGCACUGGCCAAAGUGAUUCUGUGGAGCCUGAACUUCUGCAGCAGGUAUACCCGGAAGCAGCACUGGGAACAGACAUUUCUGCUGGGCAUGUCUUUGAAAAGUGGCAUCAUUUUUACAUUGACUUAAUUGUUAAUUCUCUGGUGGUUCGAUAUUAGAGGAAGUACUGUCAAAGUGAGAUGGUGAUCCACAGAGAAGGUAAAGGGCUGUGUGUGCAUUUUUCAUGGGCCAGUUUCCCCCAAAGCCUCUUUCUGAUAAAAGAACCUAGCUUCACCUCUGUCCUCCAGCUCUUUCAAUGCUUCUCUCUUCUAAACAGGCAGAAUAAGCCCCAACCUCAGAUAGUACCAGAAUAUUAGAGCUGGAAAGAACUUUACAAACCAGAGCUCCUGACAGUUUGAAGGAGUCAUACAGGUUCUGAGAGGUGAAAACUAUGGAGUCUCUCACCGUACAUACAUUUUCAUACACAUCAAUUAUCUAUCGAUUUCUUAGGGCAGAGGUUCUCAGCUGUUGUGCGUGUGUGUGUGUAUGUACAUCCCUUUGACCCUGAUUAUUUUGAACCAUCUGGUAGGGCAUUUUUCCAAACCACAUACAGAAAUUAACUCUGCUAUCAAUGGGAAAACAUCUAAUACUGUGUUUUGCGGGCAGACAAAUGUUUAAACUCUUGCCUCAAGAGUCUGUUAAAGUUCUUUAGUCUGUUAGCCUCUGAUAUCCCAUUGAGUCAUCUGGGACACAGAAGUGAUUGUUUCAACACGAGUGACAAAGUUAAGUCUUUAUUAAACACCAAGAACGCUUAUAUUCCCAAACUCAUGGUGGGAGAAUAUAUACUAAAAUGUUAAUUAGUGGUUUUUUCUGGAUUGUGAGAAUGUGGGUAACAUAAAUUUCAUUAUGUUAUGAAUAUUUCUAAUUAGCUACAGUGAAUAUGUUUUUGGGAAUGUGAGAAAA